AGGUUGUCGUGGGGAAGUAAGCAAUUUGGAAGAAACCAGUUCAACUUUGGUUUUUUGAAAAAGAAAAAUUACAACUUGGAUGUGAGAAAGGACAUGAGGAGACUAAAGACCUGGGAUUUUGCUGAUCAGAAUGAACCCAAUGUUGAAGGACUUUUCAAAUCUAUUGUUGGUGGUGCUCUGUGACUACGUUCUUGGAGACACUGAACAUCUGCUUUUGGGAGAGCCGGGCCAUGUAGCACUAAGCAACAAAACAGUGUCUGUGGAUUUCCAGUAUUUUGAUGGCGCUAACGGGACUCUGAGAAAUGUAUCUGUCCUGCUGUUGGAGGCCAACACCAAUCAGACUGUGACCACCAAGUAUCUCCUGACCAACCAGUCCCGGGGAACACUCGAAUUUGAAUGCUUCUAUUUCAAGGAGGCUGGUGACUACUGGUUCACAAUGACCCCGGAAGUGACAGACAACAGCACUCCAGUUGCCUGGUGGGAGAAAAGUGCCUUUCUAAAGGUGGAAUGGCCUGUCUUUCACAUCGACUUGAAUAGGACAUCCAAAGCAGCGGAAGGCACCUUCCAGGUGGGCCUUUUUACCAAUCAACCACUAUGCCUGUUUCCUGUGGAUAAGCCUGACAUGUUGGUGGAUGUUGUCUUCACCAACAGUCUUCCCCAGGCAAGAACAAGUCCAGGACAGCCACUGGAGAUAAGAACCAGCAAAAGGACAGAACUCGCUCAAGGGCAGUGGGUUGAGUUUGGUUGUGCACCUGUGGGGCCAGAAGCCUAUGUCACUGUAGUGCUGAAGCUGCUUGGCCGAGACUCGGUCAUCACCUCCGCAGGGCCCAUUGACCUGGCCCAGAAAUUCGGAUACAAACUAGUGAUGGUGCCAGAACUCACGUGUGAGUCUGGGGUGGAGGUGGUGGUGCUACCCCCGCCGUGCAUCUUUGUCCAAGGCGUGAUUGCCGUCUUCAAGGAGGCCCCCAGACGCCCUGGGGAGAAGACCACUCAGCUGGCCGAAAGCAGCCUGCCCCUGGGAGAGAAGAGGACAGUAUUUAACUGCUCUUUGUUUGACAUGGGGAAGAAUAAAUACUGCUUUGACUUCGGCAUUUCAAGCAGAAGCCAUUUUUCCACAAAGGAGGAGGAGUGUGUGCUAAUUCAGAGAAAUAUAGAAACUUGGGGACUGUGGCAGCCAUGGAGCCAGUGUAGCACCACAUGUGGGGAUGGUGUCAGAGAGCGUCGCCGAGUGUGUCUCACUUCCUUCCCCUCUAGAACUGGUUGCCCUGGAAUGUCCUUGGAGAUGUCACCAUGUUCCCUGGAGGAGUGUGCUGCUUCGCGGCCAUCCAGCCCGUCUCCUCUCCAGCCCCAGGGACCGGUGAGGUCCAGCAACCUGGUGACCGUCACGGGGAUCUCCCUGUGCCUGCUCAUCAUCGCGGCCACCGUGCUCAUUACGCUGUGGCGGCGCUGCGGCCGCGCCCCCGAGUGUGGCGCCCCCGCGCGACACGGCGGCCUCCCCGCCGCCGGCUUCCGGAAGGACUCGGACGAGGAGAGCAUCUGCGAGCCGCGCGGGAGCCUCUCGGACGCGGGGGACGCGCCGGCGGGGGACGCGGGGGACGUGGGGCUCCCGCUGAGCUGCAGGACGCCCGGGGACGACGCGGCGGGCAGCCAGGGCGUCCAGUCUGGCGCCCACAAGAUCAUCCCGCCCCUGUUCAGCUACCGCCUGGCGCAGCAGCAGUUGAAGGAGAUGAAGAGGAAAGGCCUGACCGAAACCACCAAAGUGUACCACGUGUCCCAGAGUCCCCUGACAGACACCGCCAUCGACGCCGCCGCCGGCCCCCCGCUCGACCUGGAAAGCCCCGAAGAAGCGGCAGCGAGCAGGUUCCGGAUCAGGUCCCCGUUUCCGGACCAGCCGGUGGUCAGUGCCGGCGACAGGCCUCCCUCCAGGCUGGAUUUCAGUGUGUCGCAGGCCAGUUGUGCCGUAAGCCCCAGCCAGACCCUGAUCCGCAAGUCACAGGUGAGGCCGGUGGGCAGCAGAGGGGGCCUGUCGGAGAGGAGCCACCCCAGGAGUUCCCAUUUCAGGAGAACGGCCAGUUUCCAUGAAAACAAGCAGGCCCGGCCAUUCAGGGAGAGGAGCAUGUCCAGUCUGACUCCAGGACAGGCCCCCGCCUACAGUUCCAGGACGCGGACCUGGGACCAGGCCGGGGAUAGAGGGAGGCCUCACAGUCGAGGCGUCCCCCUGCUUCCUGAGAAACUGGAGCAUUGCCCAGGGGCAGGUGGAAGCAGUCGUCCCUUAAGCCCUCUCCCCAAAUCCUACACCUUGGGGCAGCCCUCCAGGAAUCCAGAGGUGGGAGACCGCCAGGCAGGAUUCGUGGCAGGAGUUGAGAGAACGGAGCCUCACCGAGCUCGGAGGGGACCGUCCCCCAGUCACAGGAGUGUCUCAAGGAAGCAGUCUUCCCCUGUUUCCCCCAAAGAUAGCUACCAGAGGGUCAGUCCUCUAAGUCCCUCUCCAUGUAGAAAAGACAAGUGUCAGAGCUUCCCGGCCCACCCCGGGUUCGCCUUCUAUGACAAUACGUCGUUCGGCCUCACUGAGGCUGAGCAGAGGAUGCUGGACCUUCCGGGGUAUUUUGGGUCAAAUGAAGAGGAUGAAACCACAAGUACACUCAGUGUGGAGAAGCUGGUCAUCUAGACCGAGGUCAGCGUGAGACUUCACAGCUGGGUCCUUUGCCCAGGUCGUGCUGUCCACGGCUCACAUUGUCCUGUGGCCUGUUCUCUGUAACUGUUCUACAGGGGGACGGAAUGUGGGCAAGAAGUAACUCACAAGGAGGAUGUGCCUGGAUGCGUGGGUUUUAAUUCAUAAGGAAGACGUUAUUU